GUGCGCUGCGCGCAGUGCGCUGCCGGGGCAGCGCGGCGCCCGGCACCGGCACUAUUCUGCCCUCCGCCUCAACUCGCCUUGCAAACGCAAUGUAUUAAUGUAUUUCUCGAUCGAGGCUAGUCAACUUGUAAAACGAAAUAUGCAAUCAUCGAUCCAGAGUGCAAAUCUAACAAGUUAAAAACGGAAUAAGAUUCAAUUGUGUGGUCGUAUAGAAUUGUGUCGAGUCGCAAAAAUAACUGUUGCGCGGGCAAUCGAUACGACGAGGUGUACGUUUGUUUUGUUGUUCGUGGCCGCCGCACGCCGCCGCCGCCACCUCCGUGCGCCUUCGUACACGCGCUGCUGGUAUGGAAAUAUGGAAUGAUGUCGAGCGAGCCCCGCGUGCCCGGCUACAUGACGCGGCCACCGGCCUCAAUGCAGUUGCUGCGGGGUCGGGCGAGGCGGGCGGCGCAGGAGAGUGCGCAGCGGUAGGCGGCGCGGCGUGCGGCGGGCGGCGCGCGGCUCUGCCCACAGACUGCGACGCGCCAGGGGAGCUGCUCGCAGAAUUCCUGUCGGCCAUCCUGCGACGGCAGUACGCGGAGGCGCUUCGUUGCUGCCGACUCAUCUUGCAGUACGAGCCGCACAACGCCACGGCGCGCGGAUUCUGCCCAUUGCUGCGACUUCGGCUGCGCGCCGCCGAAGCUGCGGCGGGUCCGGGUGAGGCGGAGGAGAGUGCGGGGGCCGACACGGGGGACGCGGGGAGCGCUGGCCGCCGACCACCCUCACCGGCCACGCGUGCCAUGGAGCGGGAGGAGCAGGGCGGGGAGGCGGCGGAGCGAGGGGAGUCAAGCUCGGGCUCGCGGUCGGGCUCGCGCGCCGGCUCCGCGGACUGGGCCGGCUCGCAGUCCUCUCUUGAGCUGGACUCCUCCCCGCCCAGCCGCUCCCCCAGCCGCUCCCUCAGCCGCUCCCCCAGUCGCCGCGUCGACCUCACCGAUAGUACGUGCGCGCAAUGCGCAUUUAUGACAGAAACGAAACAUAUAAUAUUACUAUUAUAG